AGUAAUCACUUUGUAAUUUGUAUUUAAAAACGUCAUUCCUAGAAAAUUAGAAAUCUAAAAACUUUCACAAAAUUUGUCUAUCGUUUAAGUUUUUGUUUAAUUGUUUCGUGAAGCAAAGAAAUGUAUAAAUGGGCAUAACUAUUAAGAAACUUACUGAAUACUGAUCAAUUAUCCCGUUAAUUUGUUAAGUAUACGUCAGAAUUAUUGAAAUAUUAUAAUAAUUCAUAAUGCGAAGGGCUAAAGGGUAUCAAGAUUUAGACGAAAAUGCUGCCGAAUUUCGGCAUACUGUGGCGCCAAUGCCACCUCCUCAAGAAAUUGAAAUGGCCUCAGUCUCAGUUGUUCCUGAUGACACAUUCACAGUGACUCAGGCUGUUAAUGCCCUGGGUUUUGGUUGGUUCCAAGUCAAACUCUCACUCUACACUGGUUUAUGUUGGAUGGCUGAUUCAAUGGAAAUGACAAUAUUAAGUAUAUUAUCACCUGCACUGCACUGUGAAUGGAAUAUAAGCAAAUACCAACAAGCUCUGACAACCACUGUUGUCUUCAUGGGUAUGAUGUUAAGCUCGACAUUCUGGGGAAACAUUAGUGAUAGAUAUGGUAGAAAAACUGCUCUCAGUAUGUGUGGCGUUCUUUUAUUUUACUAUGGACUGCUCAGCGCCAUAGCACCAAAUUUUCUCUGGCUGCUCUUUCUUAGAGGUUUAGUUGGAUUUGCUAUUGGAUGUGUUCCACAGUCAGUCACUCUUUAUGCUGAGUUCUUACCUACCAAACAAAGAGCUAAAUGUGUUGUCCUAUUAGAUUGUUUUUGGGCGUUAGGAGCAUGCUUAGAAGUUGCUCUGGCGUUAGUUGUGAUGCCGACACUGGGGGUGCACUGGCUGCUAGCCCUGUCAACUGUUCCACUGCUGAUGUUCGCUAUAAUAUGUCCAUGGCUUCCUGAAUCAGCGAGGUAUCAUGUGGCAAGUGGACAACCAGAUAAAGCACUGGCGACACUGGAAAAGAUCGCACACGACAACGGACGACCCAUGUUACUGGGCAGGCUCGUGUGUGACGACUCUGUUGGCAUCGGACAGAGAGGCAGGCUCAAACACCUGCUUAUACCGCAUCUUCGGAAUACCAGCCUUCUGUUGUGGGUUAUCUGGAUGUCGUGCGCCUUCUGCUACUACGGGCUGGUCCUGAUGACCACGGAACUGUUGUCGGAGGCCGGGGGCCGGGAGCCGUGCGCCGCCGACUGUCGGCCGCUACAGACCACGGACUACAUGGACCUGCUGUGGACGACGCUCGCAGAGUUCCCCGGAAUAUUUGCAACGAUUUUCAUAAUAGAAAGAUUCGGUAGAAAAAAGACGAUGGCCUCACAGUUCGUCAUAUUCGCGGUCUGUGUUUGUGUCCUGAUAUAUAAUACCAAUCGAACAUUCGUGACGUGCGUGUUGUUCUUGGCCCGAGGCAUCAUCGCAGGUCUGUUCCAGGCCGCCUACGUGUACACACCAGAGGUGUACCCCACAGCGCUGCGGUCCACGGCCGUGGGAGCCUGCAGCGGAGUGGCACGCCUGGGCGCCAUGAUCACUCCGUACGUGGCGCAGGUUCUGCUGAAAAACUCGAUAGUAAUCGCGACCGGAGUUUAUUCGUUCGCCGCCAUAUUGGCAGCUAUGGCGUGUCUCGCGCUACCCAUAGAAACGAAGGGAAGGGAAAUGAGAGAUACGGUCACGGCGACGGGCUGACAUACAGGUUUUAUUAUUUGUGUAACAUUAGGGCACCAUCUCAUAAAUAUUAAUUCAGAAUCAGCUGUGUCGAUCUAAACUUAUCUAUCGUUUUCAUAUAGCUACAAGACGUUACGAAUCAUUAUUGAAUUACUUAUUAUUACACAUUUUCAUAAUGUCGUCAUCAUGUUUUACGUUUUUAUGAAAAUGUGUGACUCUGUUAUUUAUUGGGAUCCUGUACUAUAUUAUUUACUCUUCAUUCUCUAAUGGUAAUUGUAUGCA